AUGGCGGCGACGCGGAAGUCAGAACAGUUUUUCUCCGCUGUCAGCGGCGGCGGCGAACCGGCGCGUCAUCUCCGUGUUGAAUAUAACGAAACGCUAAAAAUUGUUCCAUGCAGAUGUCAAUCAUCAUUGAUCACUGAAGAAUUACAUGGCAGGCUAUUUAUGUGGUGGGUAAAUAAAGGAGAACCAGGGAGGGUAUUCGAAUCAAGUGUCGGGUUUAAUUUUGGCACAGAUGACACGGAUAACAAAAUAAUCUAUAGUCCAGAUGUAUCAUGGGUUGAAAAUGGUGUUGAUCGAAAUGUUACGUUCCCGAAGGCGAUACCCAAAUUUGUGAUUGAGGUACAAUCUAAAUAUCAAAAAAUAUCUCAACAGCGUGAUAAAAUGAUGUUUUAUCGCGAUCGUGGUGUUGCCCUUGGUUGGCUGAUAAUACCUGCGUUAACAUCAUCAUUGGAUGCAAUAUUGGAGAUAUACGAGCCAGGAAAAGUCACACGUACAAUUCAGACACCAAUGGUUGUUUCUGCUGAUCUUAUUGUGCCUGGAUUUAGCAUUGAUUUUAGCAAAAUAUUUUUAUACGAUUGCCGUUAA